AUGCUAAACAGACCUCAUCACCAUCUAUCAGAGGAGUUGCAUGUAAAUUUUGAUGUCUUUGUGAAGAUGAAGAGACUGAAACUGCUCAAACUCAGUGGUGUACGGCUUCGUGGACGCCUUACAUAUCUUUCAAAUGAAUUAUGUUAUCUUCAUUUGGAAGAUUACCGGGGAAGGUUUUUGCCAUCCAAUUUCCAUCCAGAAAAUCUUGUUCAACUUCACUUUCCUGGUAGCCAAAUCCAACAAAUUCCAAAGGACAUCAAGUUUAUAGGGAAGUUAAAAUAUCUCAAUUUCAGAAGGUCCCCAUAUUUGGAAAAAAUUCCUGAUCUGUCCAAUUUCCCACAUCUUGAGGAAUUAGAUCUUAGGGAAUGUAAAAAUCUAGUUGAGGUUCACCUUUCCGGUGGAGUCCAUGAGAGGCUUAUUAGGGUGGAUCUCUCAUUAUGUAAAAAACUGAGUCGUCUCCCGAGAAGCAUCAAGUUGAAAAAAUUGAAAUAUUUUAAUCUCUUGGGAUGCUCAAAACUUGAGAAAUUUCCAGAGGUUCAGGAAGGCAUGGAUUGUUUGGAGGAGCUUCGUUUAUGCGACACUGCAAUAAAAGAUUUACCCUCGUCAAUGGAACAUCUUACUGGGCUUACAUGUUUAGAACUAACGGACUGCCAUAAGCUUAAAAGUAUUCCAAACAACAUUUUUUCGGUAAUGAAGGAUUUAUGCGAGCUUUGCGUAAGUGGAACUGAUAUAAAACAGUUGCCAUCAUCCAUUCUACACUUGAACAAGCUUAUUAUGCGAGCUGUCAGUCCCAAGAGGAGAUGUUCAUUGAUGCCAAAAUCAUUCCAGCUGGGAAAGAGAACAAAUGUUGCUAAUUCAACUUAUUUGCAACUGGAUUUGCUAGGCGGUUUAUGCAAUUUAACUUUUUUAUCUCUCCCGAUAUGCAAUUUGUCUGAAGAAUCCUUAUCCAGUUUUGGCCACCCAUCCAUGUUGCAAACUUUAAAUCUAAGUGGAAACAAUUUCGCAAGCAUACCACCAAGCUUCAAACAACUCACAAACCUCACAGAUCUUUAUUUGCGAUAUUGCAAAAACCUCCGAAAGUUGACGUCACUUCCGUCGUCUACAAGGCUUCACUAUACUGAGGUCAAGAAAUUGGGUGUCCAUCUAAUUAUGGAGGAGGAGCAAGCUGAGACGUCGGAAUAA